AUGGAGGUCGACGACGAUGCCAGCAUGGCCCAAAAUAAUGCGAGUACCGCUAGCGAUGAUGCUAGCAAGAUCAUCGACGUCGCUGCCGAUGGCGACAUCAUCAUGAUCGUUGGUUCCGACAAAAGAAAGUUCCGAAUCCACUCUGUCAUGCUCAAGUCCGCGUCCAAGGUCUUCAAAGCCAUGCUGGGUCCUAAUUUUGCAGAGGGCCGACGACUCCGGAACAAUGGCCACCACGGCGAUAUCACUAAGAUCGAGCUACCAGAAGACAACGACGGUGGUAUGAGCGCCAUAUUCCAUCUUCUUCAUCAUCGUGUGGAAAAAUUACCGGACCCUAUGCCUGCCGCUGUCUUUUACCAACUUGGUAUUGCCGCCGACAAGUACGAUCUGGUCUCAACCCUGAAGUACACUAUCACCGGCGCCAUCUAUCGGGCCAUCAAUGACGGCAGAGAGUUGAAAGACAUGAGGAUGCUUGAUGUCUGGUAUCUGGCCAUUACUUCAGCUUGCUUCGACGACGCUGCCAACUUUGCCACACUCACUCACGUCUUGGUCUGGUAUUGUGACACCCACUUCGUCCACUUGGCUGAGGAAGCAGCCACUGAUGACUCCGAUGACGACGAGUACGACAUGGCGAAGUGCAUGUCAAGGGGAAGCUUACACACGAUGUGGAAGUAUAUCAACGAUGCGGAACUGAACCUCGAAUUCAUGGAUGACUUUGAUCCAAAUUCUUCUAAGUGGUGGCCUUGGAUCGAAGGUAUCCGCAAAGAUGGAAAGAUGUUGCUGAAAGACACGCGCAAGCCUCAAGCCGAGAAUGUUGUUGGUACGCAACGCCCCUGA